UUCAAGCUCUUCUCUGCUCCUUUGUGGAAACUCGUACGCACCAACUCCAAGAUGACCUUUGAGGAAGUCGUGAGCCAGAAGGCCGCCGAUCGCGCUCAGAGCACCGGCAAGGCUCUGGAGGAGGUCCUGCUGAGCGCCAAAGAGAACCGCUCCCUCACCGUGGGCGUCUACGAGAGCGCCAAAGUCAUGAACAUUGACCCAGACAGCGUGUCCUUCUGCGUGCUGGCCGUGGACGAGGAGUUCGAGUGUGACGUGGCUCUGCAGAUCCACUUCACCCUCAUCCAGUCCUUCUGUUUCGAUAACGACAUCAGCAUCGUGAGAGUCAGCGACACGCAGCGUCUCUCGGAGAUCGUUGGAGACAAAGCCACGCAACUGGAAGAUGCCCACUGCGUCCUCAUCACGAACCAAGAUGAGGGCUCUUGGCAAGACCCAGCUCUGGAGAAGCUCCACCUGUUCUGUGAGGAGAGCAGGCGCCUCAACGACUGGGUCCCCGAGAUCAACCUCGCAGCACGUUGAUCUGAGCCGCGUGUCUCCACGAUGAAGCUUCUUAUCUGGAAAUACUCAUCCUCACCAAGAGGAUGACUCUGUUUCUACUCAUCCCUGGAUACUCCUGAGGAGGAUUCCCGUCCAGGCAGCACGGCGCCGGCCCCCCGGGCCCCCGUGAACCGUCGUCUCUCGUCCCGUCCAUGCCAAGAUGACGCCCAUUCUUUAUGUGAAUGGGCUCAGGUUUGCCACGAGAGCGACGAAUCGACCCUCAUUCUUUGUGCGGAUGAGGUUUGGAGAGGAAGGAGAAGCGAGUUCUGCGUCCUGUGGUUCCACAGAGCAAAUGUCGCACCUAGAAGCACGCGCAGUAGGAGGAGAAGCGCUGCUGAAGAAGAGGACUUGGUUGGAAGAGACUUUUUGACCGAGGACUCUUGGCUGAGCAACGUGACAUCGGUUGCAGUCAGCGAAAAUGUUUCUCACUUUCCAGAAUGGUCUUAAAUUCUCUAAAGGUUUCACUUUAGAAUGCAUUUGAAUGAAAAUAGGUUUACCCUAUUCAAAGACAAAAAGGAAUGAAAAAAAAAAUGUUAGCAUUAGAUAACAUCUAAAUUAAGGAUAUAUAACACAGUGUUGUGAGAAAUGUCGUCCACUCAUAUUAAUUAAUGAGACCUAUGACGUCAUUUGACGAAAUUUGUAAUGGAACUUAUGGCUUAAAUAAACU